GAAACAAACAGACUUAGUUGCUACUACUGUUCCACUCACUCACUAUCUUCGUUUCUCUCUCUAUAAGCGUUUUAACCAGCAAACCGAAUCACAGAGCCACAGUGAGAGAGAGAGAUCUAGAGAGAGAUAAUUUCCUGACAGAUUUAGAGAGAGAAACUGGAAAUGAGGGAACCAAUUGAAACUAACAACGGAUCUCCUCCACCUCCACAAGCGUUGCUCGAGAGGCUUAAAGAUUAUGGCCAGGAAGACGCUUUUGCCCUCUGGGACGAGCUCUCUACUGAAGAGCGAGAACUUCUCUUCAAGGACAUCGAGAGCUUAGAUCUUCCAAGGUUGGAUCGGAUAAUUCGAUGUUCGCUUCGAUCUCAAGGGCUACCGGUGGUCGCAAUUGAGCCGGUGCCGGAGAAUACCGUGUCGACGGUAGAGGAGAGAACAAUAGAAGAAAGAGAGAGAUGGUGGAAGAUGGGAUUGAAGGCAAUCUCUGAUGGCAAGCUGGCUGUUUUGCUGUUAUCUGGUGGCCAGGGGACAAGGCUUGGAAGUUCAGAUCCAAAAGGAUGUUUCAAUAUUGGACUUCCAUCUGGCAAGUCCCUUUUUCAACUUCAAGCUGAGAGAAUUUUGUGCGUCCAAAGACUAGCAGCUCAAGCUUCAAGUGAAGGUUCUGGUAGUUCAGUUUCAAUACAUUGGUACAUAAUGACCAGCCCGUUCACUGAUGAAGCCACACAAAUUUUUUUCGAAAAUCACAAGUACUUUGGCCUUGAAGCUAAUCAGGUUACCUUCUUCCAGCAAGGCACCAUACCUUGUGUUUCCAAGGAUGGUAGAUUUAUCAUGGAGACUCCAUUCAAAGUAGCUAAAGCUCCUGAUGGGAAUGGAGGAGUAUAUUCAGCACUGAAAUAUUCAAAAUUAUUAGAAGAUAUGGCCUCAAGAGGGAUCAAGUAUGUGGACUGCUAUGGAGUUGACAAUGCACUGGUUCGUGUAGCUGAUCCAGCUUUUCUGGGAUAUUUCAUUGAUAAAGGUGUAGCGGCUGCUGCAAAAGUUGUCCGUAAGGCAUACCCCCAAGAAAAGGUUGGUGUUUUUGUAAGGCGUGGUAAAGGUGGACCUCUCACUGUGGUUGAAUACAGUGAGCUGGAUCAGUCACUUGCUUCUGCAAUCAACCAACAAACUGGACGACUUCGCUUUUGUUGGAGUAAUGUGUGCUUGCACAUGUUUACUUUGGAUUUUCUAAAUCAAGUGGCAAAUGGCCUCGAGAAAGACAGCAUUUACCAUCUAGCUGAGAAAAAAAUUCCUUCUAUUCAUGGUGGUACAAUGGGAUUGAAACUAGAGCAAUUCAUAUUUGAUGCAUUCCCAUAUGCUCCUUCAACUGCUCUUUUUGAGGUACCACGGGAAGAAGAGUUUGCACCUGUAAAAAAUGCCAAUGGGUCAAAUUUUGACACCCCCGAGAGUGCUCGGCUGCUUGUGCUUCGACUACAUACUCGCUGGGUAGUUGCUGCAGGCGGCUUUGUAACACAUUCAGUGCCUUUAUAUGCAACUGGUGUGGAGGUAUCACCACUUUGCUCUUACGCUGGAGAAAAUCUAGAAGCCAUAUGCCGGGGAAGAACAUUUCAUGCACCUUGUGAGAUUACAUUCUAGUUGAAUUUAAUCCAAGUAUUCUUAAUUUGUGCGGCUCCCUUUGGAAUGAGGUUAUGCAUCCCAUGCAUGUGUUAUGAUAGAUUAGCGUGAGAGAUAAAGUUGUGCGAGUUUCCAGGUUUUGUUAUAUCAUUUGGGCAUUAUUAUGUCAUUAAUUUGUUACAUCAUUGGAAUGGUGCAAUUUUAUUUAUGUAUAUCAUCCACAUCAUUGUCUGAGCAA